CGGCGCGCGCGUGACGUUAUCAGAGCGCGUCCCCACGCUGGUCCCUUCGCUGUCUGUCGCGCGAUCCAGCACGGGUAUGUGCCAGGUGGGUGAGGAGUUCGGCGAGCCAGCGCCCGAGGAGCUCCCGCGGCCGCGGUCUGGCCGUGAGCUGAAGUGUAUGAAGUGCAAGGACGUCCUGCCUGUGGUGGUGAUCCGAGCAGGAGAUGCCUUCUGCAGAGACUGUUUUAAGGUGUUCUAUGUCCACAAGUUCAGAGCUGUGCUUGGGAAGAACCGAUUGAUCUUUCCGGGAGAGAAGGUGCUCCUGGCAUGGUCUGGGGGGCCUUCAUCCAGCUCCAUGGUCUGGCAGGUCCUUGAGGGUCUGAGUCGAGAUUCUGCCAAAAGACUGCGUUUUGUGCCAGGGGUCGUGUACAUCGAUGAGGGAGCAGUCUGUGGACAGAGUCCAGAGGAUAGAGCCAAAACCCUGGCUGAAGUGAAGCUGAUCCUGCAGACCGUUGGCUUCCCCUGGCACAUUGUUGCUUUAGAAGAGGUGUUCAGUCUGCCGCCAUCCGUGCUACGCUACUUUGCCCAGGAGCCUGUGGGGACCAAAGGAGCCUACAAGGUAGCCGUGGACAGUUUCCUCCAGCAGCAGCAUGCACCAGCCCAGGGGGAGGAGCAGCAGAGCCAGCCUGGCACCCAGGACCCCCAGAGCCCAGCUGGGCCACCCACAGCUGCCCAGACUGAGGCUCUGUCCAGACUGUUUGACUCAGUGAAGACGCUGACAGCCAAGGAGGAGCUUCUGCAGACCUUGCGGACCCAUUUGAUCCUGCAUGUGGCCCGGACCCACGGCUACUCCAAGGUGAUGACGGGAGACAGCUGCACCCGCCUGGCUAUCAAGCUCAUGACUAGCCUAGCACUGGGGAGAGGAGCCUUCCUGGCCUGGGACACGGGCUUCUCAGACGAGCGACAUGGCGACGUGGUGGUGGUACGGCCCAUGCGUGACCACACGCUAAAGGAGGUCGCCUUCUACAACCGCCUGUUUGGUGUCCCGUCCGUCUUCACGCCGGCUAUUGACACCAAGGCCUCCGAAAAGGCCAGCAUCCACCGGCUGAUGGAAGCCUUUAUGCUCAGGCUGCAGGCCCAGUUCCCUUCCACAGUCAGCACUGUGUACAGAACGAGUGAGAAGCUGGUCAAGGCCCCCAGGGACAGUGGCGCUGCUGGUCCCCUAGGCCCUCGCUGCCUGCUCUGCAUGUGCACUCUGGACAUCGAUACUGCUGAUAGUGCCACAGCUUUUGGAGCACAGACCUCACAUCUCUCCCAGACGCAGCCCCCAACCUCACCAGCUGAGACACCCACAGCACCCUGCUGUUCUGCAGGGGUGGGCAGGACCCAGGGCUGUUGCCAGGGGGCUGGGCCCUGUGGGAGGAAGGACCCCCGAGGCCAUGUCAUCGAGCAGCUGUGUUACGGCUGCCGUGUGAAUAUGAAAGAUUUGCCUUCCCUGGACCCCCUGCCACCCUACAUCCUGGCUGAGGCCCAGCUCCGCAGCCAGAGGGCCUGGGUCUCACAGGAGAUCCAGGAGUAUCUCAUUGAAGACAGCGAUGACGAGGUGCACACUGGUGAGAGUUGAGCCUGAGGAUGCACACCCAGGGUCACCCUGCUGGGACCUCUGCCAUGCAAGGACAGGCAGGCAGCAUGUGAUUGUCCAUUUGUAUAAAUAAAAAUGUUUUUAAUUA